GUUCGAUAUUAUAAGUAAAGCGGCUGUUUGUAAUUUCUUCUGGAAGUCUUUGGAUCAUCUAGUGACUCGCACUCCUCCGCUUCACCACCAGACCCUCCAUACUACCUUCAGUUUGAGAGAAGAUACUUGAACGAUGUGCGGAAUUUUCGCCUACCUGAAUUACAGAGUGCCACGGACGAGGAAGGAUAUCUUUCAGACCCUCGUGAAGGGGCUUCAGAGGCUGGAGUACAGGGGUUAUGACUCUGCAGGUAUUGCAGUAGAUGGUCCAGGGAAGGAUCAAAAAGCUGACAUCAAACUCUUCAAGAAGAAGGGGAAGGUGAAAGCUCUUGAUGAAGAAAUCUACAAGAGUGACUCCAUCGAUCUCGAUGCAGAACUGGACACACACUUUGGCAUUGCACACACUCGCUGGGCCACGCACGGAGAGCCAAGUGCUGUCAACAGCCACCCUCACCGUUCAGAUAAGAACAAUGAGUUUGUUGUCAUCCACAAUGGCAUCAUCACAAAUUACAAGGAGCUGAAAAAGUACCUGGUUUCCAAAGGCUAUGAGUUUGAGUCGGAUACAGACACAGAGGUCAUCCCUAAGUUGACCAAAUAUCUCUAUGACAACCGCGAGAGCGAUUAUGUGUCCUUCUCCACCCUUGUGGAGCGCGUCAUCCAGCAGCUGGAAGGGGCAUUUGCUCUGGUUUUCAAAAGCGUCCAUUUCCCAGGAGAGGCCGUUGCCACAAGGCGGGGUAGUCCGCUGCUAAUCGGUGUACGCUGUCAGUAUGAGCUUUCCACAGAACAAAUCCCUGUCCAGUACAACCGUGGUGACUCCAGGAAAGAUGAUCUCCAGGAGAAAAACUUCCGUAACCGAGUGGGCAGCACCAAUGCCCUGCACUCAGUCCACGACAGAAUGGCAGUGGAGUUCUACUUUGCCUCUGAUGCGAGUGCUAUAAUUGAGCACACCAACAAGGUGAUCUACCUGGAGGACGAUGACGUAGCUGUGGUAAUGGAUGGGAAGUUGUAUGUGCAUCGUAUUAAGCCUACAGCAGGAGAGGACCCCGUCCGUGCUAUUCAAACCCUACAGAUUGAGCUCCAGCAGAUCAUGAAAGGUAACUUCAAGGCUUUCAUGCAGAAGGAGAUCUUUGAGCAGCCUGAAUCUGUCUUCAACACCAUGAGAGGCAGAAUAUGUUUUGAAAGCAACAAAGUUCUUCUUGGUGGCCUGUCCGACCAUCUAAAGGAGAUAAAGAGAUGCAGACGUUUGAUCAUGAUUGGCUGUGGAACCAGUUACCACGCAGGAGUGGCAACACGUCAGAUCCUUGAGGAGUUGACCGAGCUUCCGGUUAUGGUCGAGUUGGCCAGUGACUUCCUGGACCGCAUCACGCCCGUCUUCAGAGACGAUGUCUGUUUCUUCAUCAGCCAGUCAGGUGAGACAGCGGACACUCUGAUGGCAUUACGCUACUGUAAGCAGCGCGGAGCACUGACUGUUGGCAUCACCAAUACUGUGGGCAGCUCCAUCUGCAGGGAGACAGACUGUGGAGUCCACAUUAAUGCUGGGCCUGAGGUUGGAGUGGCCAGCACUAAGGCCUACACCAGUCAGUUUGUGUCUCUGAUCAUGUUUGGUCUGAUAAUGAGUGAAGAUAGGCUUUCACUGCAGAGCAGGCGACUGGAGAUCAUCAAUGGCCUCAAAAAACUGCCAGAGUUGAUCAAGGAGGUUCUGGCUCUUGAUGACAAGAUCAAGAGCAUAACUGAUGAGCUCCACCAUCAGAGGUCACUAUUGGUCAUGGGUCGAGGCUACAACUAUGCCACAUGCCUAGAGGGGGCACUGAAAAUUAAAGAGAUAACAUACAUGCACUCUGAGGGUAUUCUGGCAGGAGAGUUGAAGCACGGCCCCCUGGCGUUGAUCGACAAGCAUAUGCCAGUCAUCAUGAUCAUAAUGAGAGAUGCCUGCUACAAAAAGUGCCACAAUGCCCUGCAACAGGUCACGGCCAGACAGGGCCGGCCCAUCAUCCUAUGUUGCCAGGACGACCCAGAGAUCAGUACGAUGGCGUAUAAGACCAUUGAACUGCCUCAGACGGUGGACUGUCUGCAGGGAAUCCUCAGUGUCAUCCCACUGCAGCUCAUGUCUUUCCAUCUGGCUGUGCUCAGAGGAUAUGAUGUGGACUGUCCAAGGAACCUGGCCAAAUCUGUGACAGUGGAGUAGCUCCUCAUAGAAACGUGAAAUAAUCAGCAUAGAAGAGGAAAAGACUUAUCACAAAAGUGCAAUUACAAGUGUGUGUGUUUACAUGUAUUUGCAUCUGUGUGAAUGUGAGAGUGUGGGUAUUUAUGAAUUAUGACCAAAACCCUAAAAGCCAAAAGACCUAAAUGGAACUAGUGGGGAACUAAUGCAUUUUGAUCCAUAUGUGCCUAAUAACUCAGUAUCCAAAUGCAAAUGUGCCUUACACCCUCCUAUCUCGGUUCUUAACUGUGUCUGAAGGAACACAGUUAAGUCAGAUGUUUACUUCUUAUAAACCAAAGUGCAGUACUUUAAUCUGCACAACUGAUCUGUGUCCAAGAAAUGUGCCUGAAAUUAUGGGAACUAAACUCCUUUUUUAUUUAGAGUAUGUAAGGGAGUGAUUGACAGUGAAUGUUUUACGUAUAGUUAACACUGACAAAACUAAGCAUGAAUUUUUUUAAACCUACAUUAUAUUGAAGGGCCAAAUUCUUUAUCAGUUGCAACAUUAGGAUACAGUUUAAAACCAUAUCGCACUUUUUGCCAUAUUUUCUUUAUCAUUAGUAUGUCAAAUUUUCAGCUGGAACAAACAAGUGUUAAUCACAUUAACUAACAUAAAGCAUUCAAUCACUUUAAAGAAAAAAUUAAUAUAAAUACUGGAAGAUUUACUGUACUGUUUCAGUUUACUGUGAAGAGCUCAUCUUGGGAACAAUCAUUGUAUUAAUAGACAUGCAUUCAAUUUUGUUUUUGUUUUUUAUGAAUGAUUUCAGUGAUUUUUCUUAAUCUAUAUAUUUUGUGCUGAAAUAAGAAUUCAAACCCUAACCAUAAUUAUUUUAUUUUUUUUUUUUUUUUUUUUU